ACAGGCGUCUGCUGCUGCUGCGCGGCCCUGCGCCCGCGAUACAAGCGCCUGGUGGACAACAUAUUCCCCGAGGACCCCAAAGAUGGCCUGGUCAAGUCCGACAUGGAGAAGCUGACCUUCUACGCGGUCUCCGCCCCGGAGAAGCUGGACCGCAUUGGCGCCUACCUGGCAGAAAGGCUGAGCCGGGAUGUCAUCCGCCAUCGCUAUGGGUACGUCUUCAUCGCGAUGGAAGCCCUGGACCAGCUGCUCAUGGCCUGCCACUCGCAGAGCAUCAAGCCCUUCGUGGAGAGCUUCCUGCACAUGGUGGCCAAACUCCUGGAGUCCGGAGACCCCGAACUGCAAGUCCUGGGAACCAACUCAUUUGUGAAGUUUGCAAACAUUGAGGAGGACACCCCUUCCUAUCACCGUCGCUACGACUUCUUUGUGUCCCGCUUCAGUGCCAUGUGUCACUCCUGCCACGACGACCCGGAAAUACGGAAUGAGAUCCGGAUCGCCGGCAUCAGGGGCAUCCAGGGAGUUGUCCGUAAGACAGUGAAUGAUGAGCUCAGAGCCACCAUCUGGGAGCCUCAGCACAUGGACAAGAUUGUCCCCUCCCUGCUUUUCAACAUGCAGAAGACAGAAGAUCUGGAUGGCCGAAUUGGACCCCCCGCCUCUCCUUCUGGCGAGAAAGAGGAGAACCCUGCUGUCUUGGCCGAGAACUGCUUCCGAGAACUGCUGGGCCGUGCGACCUACGGGAACAUGAGCAACGCUGUCAGGCCCGUCUUUGCGCAUUUAGGCCAUCACAAACUCUGGGACCCGAAUGAAUUUGCCGUCCAUUGCUUCAAGAUCAUCAUGUACUCCAUCCAAGCCCAAUACUCACACCACGUGAUACAGGAGAUCCUGGCACACCUGGACAGCUGCAGGCGAGAUUCUCCCCGCGUCCGAGCUGGGAUCAUCCAGGUCCUGCUGGAGGCCGUGGCCAUCGCGGCCAAAGGAUCCAUCGGUUUCUUCGGAAGCAACCUGCCCGAUUACCAGCGGUCGGAGAUCAUGAUGUUUAUCAUGGGGAAAGUCCCCGUCUUUGGGGUCACCUCCCAGAACUUGGACACCAGCGAGCUUGGGGAUUUGGGAACCCGGAGGAUCCAAAUCAUGCUGCUGCGGUCAUUGCUGAUGGUGACCUCCGGCUACAACGCGAAGAGCAUCGCCUCGGUGCUCUCGGCACCCUUCCUGGACCCCCUGCUCUCCACCUCCCUCAUGGAGGACUGCGAACUGCGCCAGUUGGUCCUGGAGAUCCUGCACAAUCUCAUUGACCGGCACGACAACAGAGCCAAACUUCGAGGAAUCAGAAUCAUCCCGGACGUCUCCGAUCUGAAGAUCAAGCGAGACAAAAUUUCACGGCAAGACGUCAGCUUUAUGAAGAAGGAUAUCGCCAUUCUCAACGAGGACAACCUACCCAUGUUCCACCGCUGCAGCAUCAUGGGGCUGGUCGCCGCGUACCUCAACUUCCUGAGCCAGAUGAUCGCGGUCCCGGCUUUCUGCCAGCAUGUCAGCAAGGUGAUUGAAACCAGAACAGUGGAAGCGCCCUACUUUUUGCCGGAAACCAUCCUUCGGGAUAAGAGCAGCAUUCCCCCGAACUUUGGUAAGGAUGACAAGAGCUUGUUCUUCCUGACUCACAAGAUUGUGGAAUCCUUAGGAGGCAGCGGCUACAGCGUGGAACGGCUGUCGGUGCCUUACGUGCCCCAGGUGACAGACGAGGACCGGCUGUCACGGAGGAAGAGUAUUGUGGACACCGUGUCUAUUCAGGUGGACAUCCUUCCUGGAACAGGUGCAGAAGAUAAGGCAAACCUCCUCCACGACCGACUGGCUCAGAUCCUGGAGCUCACCAUUCGGCCCCCGCCCAGCCCUUCGGGAACCCUGACCAUCACCGCCGGCUGCCCCCAUUACCAAUCGGUUCCCGUCUAUGAGAUGAAGUUUCCGGAUCUUUGUGUGUAUUGA